UUUAAGCGUUACCCCUUUCUUCUACUGAAGCAUCACUGCAAGUUUGUCUCUUCCCCUUGACCUACAAGACUGUAACUUGACAACCGAGAAAGCAAAACAGGGCCAUUUUCUUUCCGCCAAAGCAAUGGAUUCCGUUUUCUUCAACCUUUGUCUCUUGUUUUUCUUCUUUCUCUUCACAACCCAAUGUUGUUUCAGGGCAAAAACUGAGCUCAGAGCAUUGAUGGAUGUCAAAGCCGCUUUAGACCCAGACGAUAAAUAUCUUUCUUCAUGGACUUUGAAAGGCGAGCCUUGUGAUGGUUCUUUCGAAGGCCUAGCGUGUAACGAGGGAGGCCAAGUAGCCAACAUUUCUUUGCAAGGGAAAGGCUUGUCUGGCAAAAUCUCACCGGCGAUUGCCGAUCUCAAGCACCUGACGGGUCUUUACUUGCAUUACAACGCCUUGUACGGUGAUAUACCAAGAGAAAUAGCUAACUUGACUAUGCUCACUGAUUUGUAUUUGAAUAUGAAUAAUCUCUCCGGUCAGAUUCCUCCUGAGAUUGCUGAUAUGGGUAGCUUGAAAGUGUUGCAGCUGUGUUAUAACCAGUUGACAGGAAGCAUACCAGCAAAGUUGGGAUCUUUGAAGAGGCUCAAUGUUCUUGCUUUGCAGUCUAAUCAACUUACCGGUGCAAUCCCAUCAAGUUUAGGGGAUUUGGGUACUUUAAUGAGGCUCGAUUUGAGUUUCAAUAGUCUCUUUGGUUCUAUCCCCCUGAAACUAGCUGAUGCUCCUAUGCUAGAAGUUCUCGACAUUCGUAAUAAUUCACUUUCUGGCAAUGUUCCUCUUGCUCUCAAGAGACUGAAUGAUGGAUUCCUGUUUCAAAACAAUCUCGGAUUAUGUGGGUCUGGUUUUCCAUCACUGAAACCCUGUAAUGUCCCCGGUCAAAUUAAUCGGAGCUGGCCCGAGGAAUAUGGGGCAACUGGUCUUUCUAGGGAAAUACCAGAGACAGCAAAUCUAAGGUUACCUUGUGAGCAAACUCAGUGCUCGAAGCCAUCGAAAUCUCGAAAGGGUCCUAUUCUCGUUGGCCUAAUUGUUGUCACGGUUGCAUUAUCGGCUGUAGGGUUCCUCACUUUUAAACAAUAUCGUCGCAGAAAACCGAAGCUCGGCAACUCGAUAGAGGUUUCUAGUAGCUGCCUUAGUGCUGAUCCAGCCAAGGCAGUUUACAGGAAGAACGGCGCACCGCUCGCUGGCCUCGAGUAUUCUAAUGGUUGGGAUCCUUUGGAUGGCAGGAAUUUCAAUGGUUUCGCCCAAGAUGUACUUAAGAGCUUUAGGUUCAAUUUAGAAGAGGUGGAGACCGCUACUAAGUACUUUUCCGAGGUAAAUUUAUUGGAGAAGAGUAACUUUUACGCUGCCUAUAAAGGGUUCUUGAGGGAUGGAUCCGCUGCUGUGAUUAAAAGGAUCAGCAAAACGAACUGCAGAUCGGAUGAGGCAGAGUUCUUGAAGGGAUUGAAUGUUUUGUCAUCACUGAAGCAUGAUAAUUUGGUCCGAUUGAGAGGCUUUUGUUGCUCUAAGGCCCGAGGAGAGUGCUUUCUUGUUUAUGAUUUCGUCCCCAACGGGAAUUUGCUCGGCUAUCUCGAUCUGAAGGAUGGUGAUGGCAUGGUCCUUGAUUGGUCCACAAGGGUUUCCAUUGUUAAAGGCAUAGCCAAAGGGAUAGCAUACUUGCAUGAGUACAAGGUGAACAAGCCGGCCCUCGUUCACCAAAACAUUUCGGCCGAGAAUGUGCUCAUCGAUCAUCGGUUCAAUCCGCUGCUUUCGGAUUCUGGCUUGCACAACAUCCUGACCAUCGACAUCGUCUUCGGAGCGCUCAAGGCCAGUGCAGCCAUGGGUUACCUAGCUCCCGAAUACGCUAACACCGGCCGUUUCACUGAGAAGAGCGACGUUUAUGCAUUCGGGGUAGUUGUUUUCCAAGUCCUUUCCGGGAAGCAAAAAAUCACCAGCUUGGUACAUUUGGGAGCCGAAUCCUGUUGCAGGUUCCAAGACUUCAUUGACCCUAACCUCCACGGUAGGUUCUUCGAGUACGAAGCAACUAAACUAGCGAGACUCGCGUGGCUUUGCACUCACGACUCUCCCAUCGAAAGGCCUUCCAUGGAAGAAGUGGUCCAAGAAUUCAGUAACUGCAGUAGCCGUCUCUAG